GCUCGUAGAAAAAUGAUACGGAAAUAUGGAAUCGGGGGACCUUUCUAUCCCCGUCGGCGCCGUUGGAGAGGAAAACCAGAGCCUGGAAAACCACCGGCGGCACCCACAGACCCUCCCUCCUCCGCCCUCCGAUUCUCGCCUCCUCUUCCUUCUACUUUGAUCCCUCGACGAGUCCCAUUUUAAGCUUUAAAGAAUAGAAGGCCAUGGCUUCUCAUUGGGCGUUGAAAUGGUUUUGUUCUUGUAAUGUUAUCGCCUUGUUUCUUCUUUUCCUGUGGCCGCCUCUUUCUGGUAGCUCGGAAGCAAUUGCGACCGUGGACGUCCACGCCGCGAAACGCCUCGUGUACUCCGGCCACCGCUACCUGGACGUCAGGACGGUCGAGGAGUUCAACAAGGGCCAUUUGGAGAACGCCAUAAACGUCCCCUAUCUCUUCUUCACCCCACAAGGAAAGGAGAAAAAUCUCAAGUUCGUGGAGCAGGUCUCGUUGGUUUGCGAUAAGGAUGAUCACAUAGUUGUGGGAUGUCUAAGCGGAGUGCGGUCCCUCCAAGCUGCUGUGGAUCUUCUCGACGCUGGUUUCAAGCAUGUUCAGAACAUGGGAGGUGGGUAUGCCGCAUGGGUAGAGAAUGGGUUUGCCGUGAAGAAACCUCGAGAAGAGCUGUAGUGCUCGUGUUAAGUUGAUUCACAUAUGUACGUCUAUAGAAAUAAAAUAAUAUUGAAACAAAUAUCAGCUAAGAAUAUGUAUAGUGCUAUUCUUGAAUUUAAUGUGUUCAGGUUGUAUCUUUCAUGGUAAGGAAUGAUUCAUCUUCUUUUGCGACGUCGAUGUCGAUUGUUGGAUCAUGUAGUAGCCGCUUCAAGAUCUAUAUCGAUGGAUGAAAGGAAAAGUUUGGAAUGCUUUGAGACAUGUGUGGGUUCCAACAGUUGAUAUCAUGAAAAAAAAUUAAUCAUUCUUUCGUGCAAAAGAUACAACCUAAUCCGAAUUCAGUAGCACUGAUUAGGAUAAAGUAGAUAUGUUUAUGGUGCAUGAGGGACUGCAAGGAUCUUUGACAGUUUGUCCAAUUGCCAUGCUAAGCCCCAGUUGUUGUUCCAAAUGCUGGGAAUUUUUGUAUUAUUUUGAUACUGAGAUCAGAGUUGAAUUUGCACAUUAAAUUCAA